AUGAAUGAUCAUACAGGAUCGGACAGAGAAGGACUAGAUCAAUAUAUCGGACGCUAUGGCAGGGACAAUCGGAAUGUUGAAGGACAAAGGCUGUUGGAGAUGUGCAGUCUCAAUGGAUGGAUAAUACCAAACAGAUGGUUUAAGAAGAGAGAUAGCCAGCUGUACACUUAUUAUAGUGGUAGAAGUAAGACACAGAUAGACAUGAUUAAUGUAAGAAAAGCUCAGUGGAAGCAUAUGAUGGACGCGAAAGUGAUACCGAGUGAAACAGUGACACCACAGUAUAAACCAAUGGUGGCAACACUAAGGCUAGAGAGGUUUGGUUGGAAGGAACUAUGCUCGACAGAAACGUAGAUACGAAGUCGAAAACUGAAAGGAUCAGUAGCAGUAAAUAUUCGGACAGGAAGUACUAGUUCCACAGCCGAGAGCAGGGAGAGUAAGAUCAGCAGAGUGGAAGGAGUUUAAGGACUUGGUUGUGAAGACAGCGGAACGAAUAUGAACUGGAUAUGGGAAGAAAGCUGAUAGAGAUGAGUGGUGGUGGACGGAAGAAGUACAGACAGCAAUUGAAGAAUGGAGUAAGAGCAGAGAAGAAUUAGAACGGCAACCAUACAGUGAGGCACGACGAAGGUUUACAUUGGCUAAGACAGCGGAGAAAUGGGCAGUGAAACAAGCCAAGAAAAGAGCUGAAGAUUAUUUAUACCAUGAACUGGAAAACGAGCCACUUGUAGCACAAAAGAAGAUUUACUACAAGCUAGUAAGAACAAGAAAGGAGGGACAGGAAUACAAGCUAGGUUAUGCCGCCCUUUAUUUAACAACAUGAAUGGAGAUUUACAGAUAGAGGGAGAAGCAGUACUAUUUAUGAUGCAGGAGAUUUACAGGUGAAGGGAGUACUUUGAAACCCUUCUCAAUGAGGAAAAUCCAUUUACUGCCAACAUACAAACAACAACAUAAAUAGCCAGGAAUCUCUACAGAGGAAGUAAAGGAGCAAUAAGUAAGAUGAAAUCAAGAAGAGAAGCAGGACAAGAUGCGAUCACGCUGGAGAUGGUACUUGCGCUGGGAUAAGAAGGGAUUGUAUGGUUACACAGAGUAUUGGAUGCAAUCUGGAAAGAAAAGCGUAUACCCGACGACUGGUUAGAAUCCAUGCUGGACAGGUGACUUUAUAUAAGAGUAAAAGAAACAUCCGUGAGUGUGAUAACUAUAGAGGGAUCAAACUUCUAUCGCAGAUGAUGAAAUGUUUUCAUAAAAUAUUAGAUAGCAGGAUGCGAGUGUUCGUGGAGCCUUACCUGGGAGAAGAUCAGUUUGGUUUCAGGAAGGGAAGAGGGGCGAUUGAUGCUAUGUUCAUUGUGAGACAGAUGAUGGAGAGAAAGCUAGAAUUACAACAAGAGAGCUGCUGGGGCUUCUUGGACUUAGAGAAGGCGUAUGACAAAAUUAAUAAAGGAAUGAUUCCACCAGUCCUGCGAUUGUACCACGUUUCAGAGAAACUGAUAAACAUGGUGAUAGCGUUGUACAGAACACAAGUAGACAAAUGA